AUGCCCUCCUUCACCAUAGAGGCGGAAGGCGAAAGAAACCCGCUGACAAGAGAUCUGGUCAUCUCAACCCUCACUAAUGCUUCUCAGCCUACGGCUCACGCCUUAAAAGCGGUCACUCAGCAGAUCGGGAAUUGGGAAAAGACACCUGGUUACUAUGCUCUUCUCCAAGAUGUCUAUGCCGAUCUAUCACUCCCCAACGAUGUUCGCUUUCAAGCCAUUAUUCAGCUCAAGAACGGCAUUGAUAAAUACUGGCGGAAGACAUCCUCCAAUGCCAUUGACAAGCAUGAGAAAGAGCAGAUCCGGACCAAAGCGAUAGAAGCAGGGGACCGCGAGCCGGUUCCUGCUCUUGCUCUCCAGAAUGCAUUGAUGUUGGCGAAAAUCGUCCGGUACGAAUUUCCCCAGGAUUGGCCUGAUGUUAUCACAGUCAUCACGCAGCAACUCCGUGUUGCCAAUCAAGACCCUUCAGCAGGCUUGUACACAUCCAACAUCUUGACCAUCACAUUGCAGAUCAUCAAAGAACUGGCCUCAGGGCGAUUACAGCGGACAAAGAAGAGCUUACAACAAGUAUCUCUGGAACUCCUUGAAGUCCUUGGGACCCUGUACAUGAACCUGGUGGCGAGAGCUCAACUUGACUCAGCGCAGCCCGACCUCCCAAGUGCUCGCAACAGCCAUUCAGCCCUCAAGACCCUGAGACGGCUUCUGGUCGUAGGCUUCGAAAGCCCACAUCGCGAGCAGCAUGUUCAACAAUUUUGGCAACUUUUGCAGACACACCAGCAGUUAUUCUGGACAGCCUACAACGGCAACCCUCCUGCAGAGGUGCAGGCCAUGCUGUUGAAGCAUCUGCUACAACUGGCGAAGCUAUAUCUCGAUAUGGCUCGAAGUCAUCCGGCUUCUUUUGUCUUGCUUGGCUGCAUGGACAUUCUGAAUCAUUCCUGGAACAUCGUCAGCAGAAGCGAUGCCAAGUCAGCCUUGGCUGGAAGCUUUGACUGGGAAGUCUAUCGCAACGGAGACGCGGACGAAGAGUCGCCGAACGAGAAGCUUUCACUGAAAGCUCUCCUGCUGUUUCGAGCAUGUAUGAAGAUGGUAUUCAAUCCUGUGCAGACGUUCAAAUACCAAACUCCGCAAGACAAAGAAGACAGGAAGAAUGCUGUUGACUACGUGAAAAACACUGUUCUGACGCAGGACUUCGUGAUUCGACUCAUGGAGAUUCUGGUGACCCAAUAUUUCGUGCUUCGACCCUCCGACCUGCGGGAGUGGGAGCAAGAACCCGAUGAGUGGGAAAGACGUGAAGAAGAGAUUGCAGAUGCAUGGGAGUUCUCGAUCCGAUCCUGUUCCGAGAAGCUAUUCCUUGACCUCGUGAUCAACUACAAAGAGUUGCUCGUGCCACAGUUACUGCAAGUCUUCUACCAGUACGCAAAUACCUCCAACACCAAUGUCCUGCUCAAAGACAGCUUGUACUCGGCGGUUGGAAUUGCUGCGGCGUGUUUGGAAGAUGUCCUCGACUUCAACACGUUCCUGAAAACAACACUGGUGCCAGAAGUUCAGAUGAAGCACCCGAACUACAACAUCCUACGACGGCGCACAGCCAUUCUCCUAGGCCAAUGGGUACCUAUGAAACCAGAAACCCUCGACCGCGUCGCUGUCUACCAGAUCUUCACCCACUUGCUCUCCAGCAAUGAACAGCUAAAUGACCAUGUUGUUCGUGUCACAGCCGGCCGUCAACUGCGACUUGUGCUCGAACCGUUCGAAUUCAAGUUCUCGGACUUCCAGCCAUAUGCCACGCCUCUGUUGCAGAGUCUGAUGUCUCUGAUUGCUGAGACGGAACUGUCAGAAACGAAGAUGGCACUGCUAGAGACCGUGAGAGUUGCAGUCACCAAGCUGGAAGGCCACAUCGAACCAUAUGCGGGAGGCAUCAUGUCCAUGCUACCACCGCUAUGGGCAGAGUCGGGCGAGGAACAUCUCAUGAAGCAAGCCAUAUUGACGAUGAUUACGGCGAUUGUCAACAGUCUCGGCCAGAAAAGCCUGACUUACCAUAAUGCCAUCUUGCCAAUCAUCCACGACUCCGUCCAGCCGGAAUCAGAAGCCAUUGUGUACCUGCUGGAGGAAGCGCUCGACCUCUGGACAGCGAUCCUCCAGCAGACGCCAACCAACCAAGCGUCGCCAGAGCUCCUUGCCUUGUCACAAUCACUCCUCCCACUGCUCGAGAUGGGCAGCGACCUGCUAAGACAGAUAUUUGAGAUCGUGGAGUCCUACAUCAUCCUGUCCCCCGGAACGGUGUUGUCACCGGCAUUCCUGCCAUCGCUUCUCACGUCACUGAAAUCCCUCCUACCAAUGCUUUCGACCAGUCGAGCUCGAGACGCCUCUCUGGCGCCCCACGUGCUGGAGAAUCUUGUCGCAACGAUAUCCCUGGAAUCGUACUCUGCACUAGACCCGCAGCAAGCGCUGAACUAUCUUCUCGAAUCGAUGCUCAGCACAGGCUAUCUCGCAACCCUUCUCGAGCUCGUGAAAGGAGCAUAUGAAUACCAUGAGCACCCACGACCGAAUGUCCGACCGCCGGAGAUCAUCGGACCCGGAGAGACGAGCCUCUUCACCUUAUUGUCUCGCAUUGCACUUCUCUCUCCAGACAAACUGGUACAAGCCGUCACCGCAGCCAAUGUCAUUUCAACAUCGACCUCUACGCCCACAACAAUCCCACCAUCUCCCAUGCACUGGUUGUUGAUCGAGUGGAUGCAGCAGAUCGACAGCAUCGGCGACAUCCUGCGCAAGAAACUCCAGGUUCUCGCUCUGACCAACCUCCUGACCGUGACAACACCUCCGUUCCCGCAGCUGAUGUUCGAACACCUCCAGUCUUUGCUCACCGUCUGGACCGACAUUGUCGUCGAAUUGCGCGAGGAGGCAGCCGACGACAGCGAGGGCGACUACCUGUGGCAUAACAGGCCGGGAGACGUCCCCGAGUGGCCGGACGCGACGCCCGAAGACAGCCGCAAGCGAGCCGUCAGCAACCAAGAUCCUAUCUACACUUUCAAUAUCCGCCAUUUAAUCGCUGCCAGGUUGCGGCAUGCCAUGGAAUCGGCUGGUGGUCCUGCGGCGUUUGAGCACGAAUGGCUCAGCCGUAUUGACUCGGCCGUGCUUAAGGCGUUUAUCGACUUGAAGUUGUUGUAA